AUGGCCUUAUCAGAUAUAGAAAAAGUAUUGCACGACCAUGGUUUUCGUUGCAGUAAUUUCAAUUUGCCUGUUCCUACUUUAAUAGCUCAGGAUGAUUUUUAUAAUAAUGAUCUUGAGGCAGCUGAGGCAUUGAAACUAAUUACUAAAUUAAAUUUUUUACAAAAAUCAGCCUUUGAUUUAAUCGUUCAAUCUAUCGAAAAUAAUGAUUUUCCUCAGCGUUGUUUUUAUAUUGAUGGUCCAGGUGGAUCGGGAAAAACUUUUUUGUAUAAUACCCUAAUGUGCUACAUUAGAGGACGCAACCAAAUAGUUUUACCGUUUGCAACAACAGGCAUUGCCGCUAUUCUUUUAAAAGGGGGUAGAACAAUACAUAGUGGAUUUAAAUUACCUAUUCCGAUUGUUGAUAACUCUGUAUCUCGCAUGAGUCUUCAUUCCCCUGAUGCUACUGUUAUUAAAAGGUCCAAAUUAAUUAUUAUCGACGAAGCCACAAUGAUGACUAAAUACGCUUUACGCUGUAUCGAUAGAUUACUUAAAGAUAUAAUGCAAAUACAGUUCCCAUUAGGUGGUAAAGUUAUAUUAUUGGGCGGCGAUUUUAGGCAAACUUUACCUGUCAUUCCAAACAGUUCAAAAGCAUAUAUUAUUGAAUCAUGUCUUGAGUCUUCUGAUUUAUGGGUUUAUUUUAAAGUUAUCCAUCUGAAUGAAAAUAUGCUGUUAUCUUCUGAAGAUGUUGAGUAUAAUUCCUGGAUUUUGAAUGUUGGAGAAUCUUUAUCAAAUGUUUCCAAUCCUUUACUCCCUCCAGAUUCGAUUGAAAUCCCAAAUUCAUUAUUAGAAAAUUCAUUAAUCAAAUCAAUAUAUGGAGACUCCAUACAAAUAUCUGAUAUUAACCUAUUUUCAAAAAAAAUUAUAUUAACCACUAAAAAUAACAUAGCCCUAAAUUUAAAUAACGAAAUUAUUCAAAAACUACCAGGAAAUUCUAAGAUAUAUUUUAGCGCUGAUUCUAUACAAACAGAUAAUCCUGAGGAUUUACUUAAUUUCCCCAUUGAAUUUCUUCAUUCUCAAACCCCAUCAGGAAUGCCUCCUCAUAUUUUAAAUCUUAAAGUUGGGACAAUAAUAAUGCUUCUUCGUAACAUGAAUCCCAGCAGAGGCUUAUGCAAUGGGACACGACUUCUUAUCAAAAAUUUACAUGAUAAUUUCAUAGAUUCUGAAAUAUUAUCAGGAACGCAUAAUGGCCAUCGCGUUUUUAUUCCUCGAAUUUUUCCCCGAGCGAUUCCCGGUUGCCUUUCAUAUUAA